AUGGCGGACCUUGAACAGGGUUACAACCCACACGUCCAGGUCAAGGAGUCUGGACCCAAUGUUCAUACACUAGAGCUGCUUUCUACCGACACAGGAUUGAAGGUGUCAAGUUUUCAGAAAGGCAUAGCGAUGUUCAGCCGAGUAUCUGGUGUGGAAGCUCGAGGGAUUGAACGUGUAGCAGAUGAUGAACGCCAGUCCCCAUUACCAGAUACUUACACUCGCAUAUUUCUCCUGUGGCUGAGUUCGGCUUUGACUGGAAACAACAUCAUCGUUGGACUCUAUGGCCCUUCUUUGUAUGGGCUUGAUUGGACCCAGGCCACCAUAUGCGCCACCUUGGGAGUUGUCCUAGGAGUGUCAACCCUGACUUGGUUCAUUGCUACCCUUGGUGUGCAUCUUUUCCAAUUCUAUACUAGAUACGCCUGGAUCAUACAAAUUUUAACCCUAUCCGUCAUGAUAGGCUCGGCCGGACCAAGUUUUGACACCUCACCUUCUAUACCGCAUGAGAUCCCUGAAGCAACUGCCUCAAAUCGCCUUGCAUUCUUCUCUCUCUGUUUUGCCUCCGCUAUCACAUGGGCCCCAGCAAGUGCAGAUUACUUCGUCUACUUCCCAUCAUCAACCAAACCCGGGCGAAUGUUCCUUGCCAGUAGCACAGGCAUGGGCUUGGCAAUGACCUUAACUACACUGCUGGGUAUUGGCCUAGCAACAGGCAUUGACUCGAAUCCCGCUUGGGUUGACGCCUCACUUGCCUCCCCGGGCAGUUUGCUCGCGGCCUCCUUUAGCAACUUACACGGGUUCGGCCGCUUUUGCGCCGUCAUCCUCCUCCUGGGCACAGUCUCGAACAAUAUCCCAUGCACAUACUCAGCUGGUCUCAACCUCCAAAUGCUAGGUCGCUACGGCCCACGUAUCCCACGUCCUCUCCUGACGACACUAGAAGUCGUGAUCUACACCGUCUGCGCAAUUGCAGCGCACAGGUAUCUUCGCGAGAUCAUGGAGAACUUCCUCCCACUCAUGUCUUAUUGGAUUGUUGCAUGGCUGGCUGUUUGUGUCGAGGAAGAGUGGAUCUUCCGAGGAGGACGAGACUACGACUGGACGGUUUGGAAUGAUGCGCGCUGUUUGCCGAUGGGUCUCGCUACAGGGGCCAGUUUUGCCUUCGGGAUUUUGGGUGCCGUCCUCGGAAUGUCCCAGUCGUAUUUUGUCGGACCUAUUGCCAAAGGCUUGCCUCAGAAUUGUGAUCUUGGCAUGUGGCUUGCAUUUGGUUUUACAGCGGUGGUAUACCCGCCUUUCCGAUCUGUAGAGCUCCGUAUCAUGGGACGUUAA